UCUUCCCAGACUUUCCUCCACAACACAACUCUUCUUCUUGACACCCAUCACCAUCUUGCAAUCAACUGUCAAGAUGGCACCCCCACCAGGAGACGCCUACUACAACCUAGGCACCUACGCCCGCAAGGUGACCACCACCUCCCCCGCAGCCCAGACCUGGUUCACCCGCGGCUGGCAAUGGGCCUACAGCUUCAACCACGAAGAAGCCCUGCGCUGCUUCGAGGCGGCUGUCGAGCACGACCCCAAAUGCGCCAUGGCCCACUGGGGCAUCGCCUACAGCCUCGGCCCCAACUACAAUAAAGCGUGGGCCUUCUUCGACCGCGCCGACCUCGCUACGAGCAUCACCAAGGCCCUGUGCGCGCUCACCCACGCCCUCGAACUCGCCAACGACCCAGCCAAUAAAGCCACCGCGGCCGAAAGAGCCCUCAUCACCGCCCUCUUCCCCCGCUUCCCACGCUGGGCCGCAUCCACCGGCCCCUCCGAAACCAUCCCUGCCGAUAACUUCCCCAUCGACUUCGCCCGCUUGAACCAAGCCUACGCAGACGCCAUGCGCACAGCCUGCCGCGAGCACCCGGAUGACAUCGACAUCACCGCCCUACUCAUCGAAGCGCUGAUGUGCAUCUCCCCGCGGGGCCUAUGGAACCUGACGACGGGGGAACCCAGCGGGCGACACACAGUGGAAGCGCGACAGCUGAUCGAGGCCGCGUUCGCGACCGGCCGCGAAGCGCAACACAACCCGACGCUGUGCCACCUGUACAUCCACUUGAUGGAGAUGUCGCCGUACCCGGAGAUCGCGCUGCCGGCCGCGGACCGGCUGCGACGUGCGGCGCCCGACGCCGCCCAUCUCCUGCAUAUGCCGACGCACAUCGACAUGGCCGUCGGCGACUACCGGCGCUCCGUGGAGUCGAACUCGGACGCAAUCCGCGCAGACGAGACGUAUGUCGCCGGGUGUGUGGCGGAGGGGCGCACGGGCGCGGGCGUGGGUGGGGCGCUGUAUGUCGCGUACCGCGUGCAUAACAUCUGCGCGAAGCUGUAUUCUGCGCUGAUUGCGGGGCAGUUCGCUGUGAGUAUGGAGGCGGUACGCCAGUUGGAGGGGUUGGUGACUGAGGAGACGCUGCGGAUCAAAAGUCCCCCCGUCGCGGACUGGGUGGAGUCGUUCCUGGGGAACCGUGCGCAUGUGCUGGUGCGGUUUGGGCGGUGGGAGGAGAUUCUUGGGCUGCAGGAGCCGCAGGAUCGAGAGCUGUAUUGCGCGACGUAUGCGACGGUGUUGUAUGCAAAAGGGAUCGCGUUGAGUGCGCUGGGGAAGGUGGAGGAGGCGGAGGCGAUGCAGCGGCGGUUCGAUGAGGCCAGGGGGAAGGUGCCGAUUACCCGCAUCGCGAGUUUGCCGAGCAAGCAGGUUGAUGUGUUGGCCGUGGGCGCGAAGAUGUUGCAGGGCGAGCUGGAGUACCGCCGGGGCGAGGUGGAUCAGGCGUUCAAGACGUUGGCGAGGGCGGCCGAGCUGGAGGAUGAUCUGCCCUACGGGGACCCGCCGCCGUGGAUGCAGCCGGUCAGACAUGCGUUGGGAGGACUGUUGCUCGAGCAGGGGCGGGUGACGGAGGCGGAGAGGGUGUUCCGGGAGGAUUUGGGCAUGGCGGAGGGGUUUCCGCGGCGGAAGGGCCGGCUCAAUAAUGUUUGGGGACUGCAUGGGCUGCAUGAGUGUCUGGUGCGGCAGAAGAAGCUGGACGAGGCGAGGCUGAUCGAGCCGGCCCGGGAUCUGGCGAUGGCGGCGGCGGACGUGCCCAUUGUGACUUCGUGCUAUUGUCGGUUGAGCGCGGUGGAAGCAGGGAAUUGUUGCGAGUGUGGGUGUUGA